AUGCAGAAUGAUCUCGCCCAGAUCCUUCAAAGCAUUGACUGGGAAAGCAUUUGGGAAGAGGGCGAGACAGCUCCUGCGGGCACUCCAUCCGCGCCAGCUGCAAUACCAGGCGACGCAUCUUUGCCACGUGCUGAAGGCGGAGUCGUAGGACAUCUGGAGGGAGUAAGGGAGUGUUCCUCCAUCGCCGCCACAAGCAUUCCUGUACCACAUCAACAUCAACAUCAACAUCAACAGCAACAGCAACAGCAGCAACAGCAGCAACAACAGCAACAGCAACAACAGCAGCAACAGAUGCCGACGAUGCAAAUGGGACCCGCGGGGAACACGUAUUACGUCAAUGCGCCACCCUAUCAGGCGAUUGGCAUGCCGCCCCCCCAAGGUCGUGGACAAGUCCAGACUCAGCCAAUGUUGUUUGCUCAGCCGGGGGGACACAUGGUGUACAUGCAGAUGCCGUACUUUCAACAUGCAGCGUAUCAACAUAAUGUCCCUCCGCAGCAGCUGUAUUCUGCCCCACAGAACGCAUACUAUCAUCCUCACUUUGUACAACUCCCGGUAGAGGGGCAAAUGCUACCUCAAAUGUCUCAAAUCCUCCAACAACAACAACCACAACCACAACAGUACUGCCCUCCCUCAGCGCUUCCCGCUCGAGGCAUGCCCGCAAGCACCUUUCAACAGCAAAAGCAACAGCCAGAAUAUGUUGAUAAUCAAAGUGGAUUUGUUUGCCUACUACCAGGAACCCAGUUACCACAGGGAUCACCAUUCUACUACUACGGUGUGCGGCCAACGAGCCAGUAUUUGGCCACACAGCCGCAAGAAAAAUUCCUUGAUCCGCCAGUGUACAACAACGCCUUAUGGCAAGCGAAGUUGCAGCUCCCAGACAAAGGUGAAACUGCAGGAAGAAGAGAUGGAAAGGGGAAUAGUUUCAAGGUGCCGGGCUGCACGCUGUGCGGCCACACAAACUUUACUUCAGAGAGUGCCUUUCGUUCCCAUAUGCGCACGAAGCAUGAGGGCAAUGCGUCGCCUCCGGCCACGCUUCAGUCGACAGAGAGCGCCAUAAGUGUGACUCCUGCAGCCGCAACUGAUGACAAAGACUUGACGGGAUGA